AUGACGUCAUUUAUUCCGCGUUGGCCUGGACGUGGCACCGAGGAGGAGCUGCCGAGCUGCGCCCACUGACUCCGCUCGUCUCCGCCCGCUCCCCGUCUCCUGUGCGGCUCUGAGUCGUCUGUCCCGGACUAACCGGCUGACAUUGUCCCCCGUCGGGCUUUUACUUUUCCCGCCGCUGAACCGGGACAUUUUUAAUAAAAUGGGGCUGACGAUCUCCUCUCUGUUCUCCAGGUUCUUCGGGAAGAAGCAGAUGAGGAUACUGAUGGUCGGUUUGGACGCAGCUGGAAAAACAACGAUCCUGUACAAACUGAAGCUCGGAGAGAUCGUCACCACCAUCCCAACUAUCGGUUUUAACGUGGAGACGGUCGAGUACAAGAACAUCUGUUUCACAGUCUGGGACGUUGGCGGCCAGGACAAGAUCAGACCUCUGUGGAGACACUAUUUCCAAAACACUCAGGGGCUGAUCUUUGUUGUGGACAGUAACGACAGAGAGAGAGUAGCAGAGUCUGCUGAUGAACUCGCUAAAAUGAUCCAGGAGGACGAGCUGAAGGAGGCAGUUAUUCUGGUGUUUGCUAACAAACAGGAUCUUCCUAACGCCAUGGGAGUCAGUGAACUCACCGACAAACUGGGCCUCCACAGCUUGCGCAACAGAACUUGGCAUGUCCAGGCCACCUGUGCCACUCAGGGUACUGGUCUGUACGAGGGUCUGGACUGGCUGUCCAGUGAGCUGUCGAAGCGUUAGAGCAGCUGACCGCAAACAGGAAGCAGCUGACUGAAUUCACACCAUGUACAAACUGAUAAAGACCAGGAGGAUGAGGAGCCCUUCAAAGGACUGUUUCUGUUUUUUUAAAUUAUAAAUGUGUCUGUCUGUAGCAGGAAGUGAUGUCAUGGACUCUGAGCUCACUUUGACUUCCCAUCAUCCUUUUCUGUUUUUCCUGCAGAUGUUUGUUGGACCUGUUUUUUCUUUUUUUUUAAAUCCGCAUGUUUUAACUCAGAAUCAUGUGACAGGAAGUGAUGAAGAUUAGGGGUGGGGCCUAAAACAGGUGACUGCACCUGUUAGAAGGGGGUGGGGUUUUAGUAUGGUGAAAACACUGUCACACCUGUACACACCAGUGUGCAGGGGGCGGAGCUUACCACAGGUGAAAGUCACCUGGUCAUGUGAAGACUCAUUCCAGAGCUGAACCUGAAGGCAUCGUCAUUCCUUAACAAUGUGAAGAAGAGAGACAAUGAUGCAAUAAAGGUUUUUUUUUUUUCUUCUCAGCAGUUUCUUGUCAAUAUUUAUUUAGUAUUUAUCAGUGUUUCACCAUUGAUAUCUUGUUUUGACUUGAUCAGUUAUCACACCUGUUCUAAUGAGGUGCAUUGAUUGUGUGAUAAAUAAAACCUGAGCAGAGUUUGUUGCUACGAGGACACGUUCA